AUGGCUGCUACUUAUGAUGUCGAGGCGGCACGGGCCCAGUUCCCGGCUCUGCAGCAGGAACAGGUGUUUAUGGACAAUGCAGGUGGAAGUCAGGUCCUUGGAUCCGUCGUUGAUUCCAUUCGCUCGUAUUUGAUCAACACCAAUGUCCAGCUUGGCGCAACAUACAAGACAUCCCAAGCCUCGACGGCCGGAUUCUCAGACGGAUACAAGAGCGCUGCGAGUUUCAUCAAUGCCCAGCCAGAGGAGAUCAACCUCGGCGUCUCAACCACCCAACUCUUCCACAAUCUCUCCACGGCGCUGAAAUUCCAACCCGGCGACGAAGUGAUCGUCUCGAAACUCAACCACGAAGCCAACUCGGCACCAUGGGUCCGGAUUGCGGAGCACCUCGGGCUCAAGGUGAAAUUCUGGGCAUCGUCCAACCCAACCAACCCAACGUGUGAUGUGGGCGAGUUGAAGACCCUUCUUUCAGAUAAGACUAGACUGGUGGCUUGUCCCCAUGCGUCCAAUAUCACUGGUACCAUCAGUCCGAUCCGCGAGAUCGCCGAUGCAGUUCAUGUGCACCCACGCGCGCUUCUCUGCGUUGAUGGUGUUGCUCUGGCACCGCAUCGACAGGUUGAUGUUAAGGCUCUUGAUGUUGACUUUUAUGCCCUACAAUUUACUACAGUACUAGCGUGGACUCAUACUAAUUUGUUUCCCCGCUUCAAGGCAUUCUCGUGGUACAAGGUAUACGGCCCGCAUAUCGCCCAACUUUACGCCUCGUCACGAAUCCACGAGGAGAUCCAGUCGUUGGCACACUUCUUCAAACCCACGGAUAGCCUAGACCUGAAGCUCAACCUGGCAUCGGCCAACUACGAGCUCACGAAUAGCAUUCCAGCGGUGGUGGAGUACUUUGGGGCGACACCCGCCAAGACGUGGGAUGAGAUGGCCCAGCACGAGGAACGACUGCAGGCGAUCCUGCUGUCGUUUUUGAACUCGAAUAGUCGGGUACGAGUGAUUGGGGAUCGGUCGGCGAGCAAGGAGGUCAGGGUGCCGGUGAUUAGUUUUACGGUGGACGGGGUGGGGAGUCAGGCGUUGGUGGAGGCGGUGGAGGCCCGAUCGGCGUUUGGGUUCCGGAGUGGCCACAUGUACAGCCAUCGUCUGUUGCAGGAGGUGUGUGGGUUGGCGGAUGUGGAGGAUGGGGUGGUGAGGGUCAGUUUUUUGCAUUAUAACAGUGAGGCGGAGGUGCAGGGACUGGUUCGGGUGCUGCAGGAGGUGCUUGCAUAG